CUGAAUUUAUCGCUAAUAGCAUUCUAAUUUCACAUCGUACUCAAAGUCGGAAGUUUAUAGAAACGAUGGUUAUGCGAGGAGAGUUCCUUUUAUAUGAAUAAAAAGAAAGAGGCUUUCUACAGAUCGAACAAUUCGAUCGACAUAGAAGAUGUCUAUCAGAAUCUCGUCACUUCUGUCACAGUUUUACACUGGAAGUACGAUAAAACAGUUUUUAGCCUGUGCUUCUAUCAAUGUUCAACAAAUCCGACGCCUACAAGUUCACGAACAUGUCGCGUAUACUUUAUUAAAAGAAGCUGGGAUCCCGACACCGCCGUUUGGAGUUGCCAAAACAGGGGAAGAAGCUGCAAAGAUAGCCGAGAGUCUCAAGACGAAAGAUAUCGUCAUAAAAGCUCAAGUCCUUGCCGGGGGCCGUGGGGUAGGACGGUUUCAGAACACCGAGAUCGGCGGUGUCGUUAUGUGCGAAACUCCCGAGCAAGCAAAAGAUUUGGCCAGCCAAAUGAUAGGAAAUUUGUUAGUAACGAAACAAACCGGGUCGGCUGGUAGAAUUUGUAAUUCAGUAAUGGUGACAACGCGUAUGUUCCCGCGUAAAGAAUAUUACCUGGCAGUAACGCUCGAACAAACUUACCAUGGUCCCGUGGUGAUACUGUCUAAGCAGGGCGGUGUGAAUAUCGAAGAUAUCGCCGCGAAGACUCCGGAGGCGAUAUCGUAUAUACCGGUGAACAUAAUGAAAGGUUUGACUGUCAAGCAAGUGAACAAAAUUGUACAGAAGCUAGGUAUAGAAGGGAACGACAAAGAUAUCGUCGGAGUGAUCGCUUGCAAUCUCUACGAGACGUUUAUCAAGAAUGACGCGUUACUGCUUGAAAUUAAUCCAUUCGCUUUAGACCUCUCCGGGGAAUAUUUCGCUUUAGACUGUAAAUGUUCUUUCGAUGAUAGCGCAGAGUUCAGGCAAAAGAAAUUAUUUUCUUUCAGGGAUCUUACACAAGAAGAUCCUAACGAACUCCAAGCGUCUAAAUUUAAUUUAAAUUACAUAGCGUUAAGCGGAAACAUAGGGUGUUUGGUGAACGGCGCGGGAUUGGCGAUGGCCACUAUGGAUAUGAUUCAAUUGUACGGCGGUAUGCCGGCUAAUUUUUUAGAUGUGGGUGGCUCCGCAACGAAGGAAACCGUAACAGAAGCUUUUAAAAUAAUAAUCUCUGAUCCGAAGGUAGAGGCGAUUUUGGUAAAUAUAUUCGGUGGUAUUAUGAGAUGUGACAUAAUCGCAGAAGGAAUUAUCGCCGCGUCCAAGGAAUUGAAGCUAACAGUUCCGGUGGUCGUAAGACUGCAGGGAACUAACGUAGAGAUCGCACGGAAGUUAAUAGCUGAUGCACAAGUGAAAGUAUUCCCCGUAGACGAAUUUGCCACGGCCGCUGAAUCGGCUGUGAAAUUAUCGACCAUAAUACAACUUGCGUCUUCUAUGAAUUUAGAGGUUUCUUUCAAGCUUAAAAAGAAAAAGGUGAAGAGUUCGGACUGUGGGACGAAAGCUAAAUGAUCUUUCUACAUUUUUAACGAAAUUUGUAACACGCUGUACAAUUAUUAAUAGCUCUUUGUUUGCUUUUACUUUUGCUAUGUCGUACGAUGUGAAAACAUCGCCUGUAUUCUUUUAACUUUUAUAAAUUUGUAUCAAUCUAAAUGUAGACGUAAAGAAUAAAUAUUUUUCUCAUA